AUGCAUUACACAAACAAACAGAAGGCAAGUUUUUGUACUGUCUCAGAGUCAAAGCGGCAAGAUGCUGCAGCCAUUUGGACACACAUGGAACCAGUCCUGAGAGACAUUCGUUCAAAGUUUCCAACAAUUGACACCAUUCACUUUUGGUCAGAUGGCCCCAGCAAGCAGUAUAAAAACAAAACCAACUUUUAUCUACUUUGCAUUGUCCCUCCAACGUUGGGCUUCAGAAGAGCUACUUGGAACUUUUUCCCCACGUCACAUGGGAAGGGAGCCCCAGACGGCAUUGGUGGCACAGUCAAAAGGACAGCAGACAGCCUCAUACUGAGGGGACAUGACAUCAUUAAUGGUGAUGUCUUCCAGGACAUGGUAGGCAGCAACCUCUGCAAAACCGAGCUCUAUACCAUUUCUGAAGCUGACAUGCAGCCAUAUGACACACUCCUGGCUCAACCAAUAAAGCCUGUACCUGGAACAAGAAAAUUUCAUCAGGUUGCACCGACAUAUCUCAACAAUUCUGAAAUAAUUUGCAGAUCCCUGUCCUGUUUUUGCAGUGACCCUCAGUUUUGCAGCUGUUUCAGUCCAACAAUAUUCCAGCUGCACAUAAAACCACACAGGAUACAGGCCGGAAAGGAUGGCAUGACACAGAAGAAAGGCCCUUUGGCACUCUUGAUGGAGGAAGUGGAACAAGAGGAAACAGAACAAGAACAAAUUGAACAGCAAGAACAUGAAAGUGAGCAAGAGCCAAUCACCAAAAGGGGUCCUAUAGGAACUGUGACAAAUCUUACUGAGGAGGUACUUCAGUCCGGAACCAUCAACACCAGUUCGUACAAGCAGGAGAAGGGAGAUAUACCAUCUACCAGCUGA